AAGGGGAAAGCUCCGAUGCUUUCUCCACAAGGCCGUGGUGCACGGGAAGAUGACUUGUUCACGGAAGAGAAGAUGGCGUUGAUCCCUAAUUCGCUAAAAUGGAUGAUUCAUGAAUUCCUGAGGCUCAAAGAUAAACGUGAUAUAAUCACAAUUCCUGUCCCCCAAGGAUUCAUUGCACCGCGUACCCAGAUCACGUUAUCUGGAGAGGAUUUGCAGCAGGUUGCUACGUGUGACUACAUCGGCAACCAGGGAAUGCUGUUUGGAAUGAUGCACAUAUGGGAGAGCAUCAACGGUCUGAGAAAAAUUUUCAAGUUUUACGACCCAGAGCUUCUCAUAGUGCAUGGGAUCAACGAUGAAGAAAAGAGUCAGUCUUUUGACGAUGCGGCAAGACGAUUGGCUAAUUGGUUAUCAUUAAUGAACAACAACCACCAAAUGUUCUUUAUUCCUUGGAAUAUCGGGAUGCAUUGGACGCUAGUGGUGGUUAUGCCAAGGAAAAUUAUCCAUUUAAACCCUAUAAGCGGCCGCCCAAUUCUCGAAGUAAUAGAACAAAUGAUUGGAAGGUAA